CUGUUUUUGUUUCAGUGAAUAAUGGGGAAGAAAGGCAAAGGAAAGAAGGGUCCUAAGGAACCUCUCCCACUUCUGGCAGAAGUGGAGAGAGAAAUGUUCCAGCUGCACAUAAAUGAUAUAACACGAAAGCUUGAGAGGAUCACAGCACAGUGUCUGGAGUUAGAAAAGAGUAAUGAAGAGUAUGAAAAAAAGUAUAAGAAAUUAGAUGAGGAUAGAGGUGACAUAAUUACCUAUCUAAAACGAACCCUACAAGAGAAAUCAGAUGAAGCUAAACAGCUGCAGGAAACUGUUGACCAACUGACUUUAGCUCUUUCAUUCCACAGCAUAUUUCAUUGCUUGUAUCCAUUAAUAAUUGGGAAUAGAACUCUGAAUGGCCUUAUUAGUGAGGAAAUGGUACUGAUCAGAACAGAUCACACAGUCAAAUACUUGAAUGCAUUCAAUGCACCUCUUAGUAUCCAAAAGAGUAAUCACUUAUUACAUAUCUUUGUUGUCGGUGGUGUUGUGGGCAUCGGAACUGAAGUUAUCUUCUCUAGGCUUGCAACCUCAUCUACAGAGUUAAGGAUAAAACUGAAUCAACGUCAUAUACAAAAAUGCCAGCCAUCUGUUCCAACAGUACAUUGGAUCCCGGUAUUAAAAAAAUUGCUAUUUGUUAUUCUGUAUCAGUUAUUCCUCAAAAUAAAGGCAAAAUGCUACAUUUUUAGUAAAUUGUUCAUUAAAACUAAUUUCAUUGUUUGUAUACAAACAGCUGGUAGAUUGAAAGCCUUGGAACAUUUUCGUGUCCACCAAGAUGAAUUGAUGAAUAAGUUUAAACAACAAGAAAUAGAGAUAGAAGAGAGAGAAAAAGAACAUAAACGAAUGCUUUAUGAAGUGGAAAAGAAAUUCAUAAUUGCCAAAGACAAGGCCAUGAAAGAUAUGGAAGUACGCCAGCUCCAGUUGUCAUCAGAGUUUGAAGCAACAACACAAAUGUGUAUUGCGGCAAGCACAAAACGAGCCAUAAGAGAAAAUAUUGCUGUUAAUAAUGAGCUACGUAAAGUCCAGGAAACAACAUACAGAUUAAUCAAAGAGAAUGAAAAGUUGAAAGAACAUGACAGGCACAUGAAAAUUCAGAAGGAGUUGACAGAGGAGGAGAAAAACAUAGUUAUGCAGGAGAAUGCUGAACAUCUAAAGGCAAGUGUUCAGUUUCAAGAACAAAAUAAAUAUAAAAAUAAUGAAGGAGCCUCAUUAAUCUAG